GCAGAAAAGUUUCAAGUUGGAAAAACACAGAUCGCGGAUAUUGUUUCUAACACAGAAGAAAUUUAUAAAGCGUGGGUUGAAAAUGGAAAUGAAGAACGAAAAUUAACGAAACUAAGAAAAUGUGAAGGCAGUGUGAUUGAUAAAGAACUUUUGGUCUGGUUUAGCAAAACUCGAGAAAAAAAUUUACCAGUUUCCGGACCAACAAUACAAGAAAAGGCUAAACAACUUGCUGAAGUUCACGGAUUAAACGACUUUAAAGCUUCAAACGGGUGGCUAGAAAAAUUUCGAAAAAGGCAUAACAUUUCGUUUAAAUCUAUCUGUGGGGAAGCUUCAUCCGUUGAUAGAAUAGCUGUUGAUGACUGGAAGAAAAAAUUGCCAAACAUAAUCGAUAAAUAUGAAAAGCGAGACAUCUUCAAUGCCGACGAGACUGAACUUUUUUUUAUAGUUCUACCCAAUAAAACUAUGGCAUUUAAAAAUGAAAACGUGCAAUGGUGGAAAAGUUUCAAAAGAACGGUUGACUGUGCUAUUGUGCUGUAA